AUAAGACUGAUAUGCUCCACAAUUUUUAAAGGAUGCCUUUCCUGUUGAACAGCGGUCCCGCCGGCUGGUCUUUCACAUCGAAAAUAUGGAAAGGACUUGAAUCUUUCUCUGUCUCUCCAUAUAAGGAGAUUCGUAACCAAUUUCCAAUCAAGUUUUGAUCUUUUUCACGUUUAUGAUCAACCCAAUUCCUCAAUUCUUGAGAUUGAAGCCCUAAAGCGUAUCAUAGCUGAUGGAACACGAGGAAGUCUCCAUUUUGAGAUCAGAGGACCGUAAUGAUAUUGAAAUGGCUAUUGCAUCCAAGGAAAGAUCCGUCCUUCCUAUUGAACCCCAGCUAACUUACAGUCCUGUUUGUACCUUCACCAAACAAGAAAGUUUUACUGUGGAAUCAGAAGAGCGAUCAAAGUCAGCAAUGAAACUUUCUGGACUCAUUAUUUUCUAUUUAAUAGUUAUGGCAGUGGAGGUCAUUGGUGGUGUGAAAGCCAAUAGUCUUGCAGUUAUCACUGAUGCUGCACAUUUGCUAACUGAUGUUGCUGGAUUCUCUAUUUCCCUUUUCACAGUGUGGGCUUCAGGUUGGGAGGCAACAUCACACCAGUCUUUUGGAUAUGGUCGCCUUGAAGUUCUGGGUGCCCUGCUAUCUGUUCAGCUCAUAUGGCUGAUAUCUGGAUUUUUAAUUUACGAAGCAAUUGACAGAAUUCUUCACAAAAAUGCAGGGGUGAAUGGGGGACUCAUGUUUGCAAUUGCAUUAUUUGGAUUUAUCAUUAAUUUUAUCAUGGUCGUGUGGCUGGGCCAUGAUCACUCUCAUCAUGCAUGCCAUGAUCACAAUCAUGAUCAUACCCACAACCACGAGAGAGAGGAUUUAUGUGCAACAGAUGAAGGGGGGGAGACCAAGCUGGCAUCAAGUUCUCCAGCAAAUACAAAGAUGUUGAACAUAAAUAUCCAAGGGGCUUACCUCCAUGUCAUGGCUGAUCUAAUUCAGUCUGUUGGUGUGAUGAUUGCUGGAGCAGUUAUAUGGGCCAAACCAGAUUGGUUGGUGGUUGAUCUUAUCUGCACUCUACUCUUCUCUACUUUUGUUCUGUUUACUACUUUACCGAUGCUUAGAGAUAUCUUCUGUAUACUAAUGGAGAGCACACCACGCGAAAUCAGUGUUAGCAGGCUGGAGAGUGGUCUGAAGUGUAUUAAAGGAGUUCAAGAUGUUCAUAACCUGCAUGUAUGGUCCCUAACAGUAGGGAAACCAGUGUUGUCUUGCCAUGUAAUUGCUGAGCCUGGCGCCAGCUCUUCUGAAAUUCUUCAUAGGAUAUGGGACUACUGUGAGAGAACACACAGAAUUCAUAAUGUAACUGUACAAAUUGAGUAGGAAGCUUUCAGAUCUCUCCAGCAUGACUUUGUUUCUACAUUUGUCAAAAAUUUUAUUUCUGAAUCA